AUGAGGCUAAGAAUCGUGCCAUUCUCUGAUGUGCGGAGCGCCAUAACAUCUUCCACGGCAUAUGAUCCUCAGAGCCAGUUCAACACAUACGAACACAGCAUUAGCGAGCUAACAGCAGCAGUCCCUGAUUUCGACCAUCGCGCGAGGUGGGAAAGAGAGCAACCAUGGCUGCGAUUGAGACCAUGGCUAGAUCUCAUUCUUGAAUCGCAGCGCAUCGACCCAGGCAAAGCUCACCAAAUCAAGCUUCCUGGAUGGUAUUGCGAUGAUCUGGUCAGAGCUGGAGCCACGUGGGACAUGUCCCGUCGUAUCAGCGCUGAUGUUUGGGAGGACCUGAGGGAUAGCUUCCCGGAACGGACAGCGUCUGGACAUGCCGUGGAGGCUCUCUUUACAUCUACAGACCACGUUCCCACGAAGUACUUUGUGAGACUGGAUGCUUGCUCACUCAAGGAUGCAGAGAUAUUGCCAUCAGGAAAGGACACUGACGCUGGUCGUCCAAUGGGCAAUGCAGCUCUGACAAGUGCAUCUGAACUCUGGCAACACAUCUUGACAUCUGUCAGAGGCUGUCGCGGCAUGAAGGAGGCUAGAAUUGCAGAAGAAGAUGUUUAUAUCUAUUUGCUGCCAUGGCGAGAAGAUGUGGUACAAGGUACAGAGUUUCGUGUCUUCUGCCCACCACAUGAGGGCCGUAUCGCAGCGAUAAGUCAGUAUGUGUGGCAUAAACCGCUGCACGCCUUCACUUCCCAUAGUUCUGGACUAGAGACAUGGUGCGAUCAAGUUUUGAAGGGCAUCGAAGACGUCCACGAAAGGAUCUCGAACUCGGAAGCAUCCACUUCAGCCAUGCGAGAUGCUGGUUACAGCUUCGAUGUGCUUGUCUUUGGCGGCGAGGCAGCCAAAAAUACUUCGCAUCAGAACCUUGGCGACAAGCACCCGCUUGUGCACAGAUCUAUGGAUGUGCAGUUGGUCGAGCUCAAUAGUUUCGGUGCGACUACUGGGUGUGGAAGCUGCCUUUUUCACUGGAUUCGCAACGCAGAAGUGCUCUAUGGCAAGCAGGGAGAAGUCGAAUUCCGUUUAGCUUUGGUACGGGAUACCCACAGUACAAUCGGUAAUAGGUAA